AUCAUCACAGGCAUCGACGAGGCAUAGGCUGUCGCGACGCCUGCUGCACCUAUUGCAACACCAGUUGCUGUCGGAUCUAUAUUUCAUAUUUCGCCAGCAGCCAUAAUGAAAACUGCAGCAGUUAUCGCGUCCCUGGCCCUGAUGCCGGCGAGCGCCUUGGUGGCACCCGCGGCGCCCGUCCGGCCGUCGACGGCACUGGCAGCCAGGCAGCCGAUCACGGGCGGCAACUGGAAGAUGAAUCCCACGAGCCUAGACGACGCGCGCGAGCUGGCGAAGAGCGUCGCGGCCGCCGCCGGCUCGAGCGCCGCCGAGGGCAUCGUCUUUCCCCCGUACCCGUUCAUCGGCCCCGUCGGAGAGAUCAUCAAGGACACCAAAUUAAACUUAGGAAGCCAGUCCAUCUUUUUUGAAGAUAAGGGCGCCUACACCGGUGCCGUCAGCGCGUCGAUGGUUAAGUCUCUCGGCGUCAAGUACGUCCUCGCGGGCCAUUCGGAACGUAGAACCCUCUUCAAAGAUAAUGAUGCCGCGAUCAACAAGAAAGUAUUAAAGAUCAUUGAAGGGGGCAUGAUCCCCGUCCUAUGCAUCGGCGAGACGAAGGAAGAGUUCGACGCCAACUUGUGCGAGUCCGUCUGCGCGAUCCAGCUCGCCAAGGAUUUAGCGGGCGUGUCGGCGGCGGACGUCAAGACCAUGAUUAUUGCGUAUGAGCCCGUCUGGGCCAUCGGCACGGGCCUCGUGUGCCCCUCCGAAACCGCGCAAAAGGUCCACAAGUUUUUGAGGGCCAAGCUCGCGUCCAUGUACGAUCAGGCGACGGCCGACGCCGUGCGCAUCCAGUACGGCGGGUCGGUCACGCCGGACUCCGUCGACGAGCUCAUGUCCAUGCCGGACAUCGACGGGUGCCUCGUCGGCGGCGCGUCGCUCGACGGGGAGAAGUUCGGCCGGAUCCUGAACUUCAACUAGGGUGCGUAGGAGUUUGUUGGCGAAUUA